AGAUAGAAAUGAAAGUAAAUAUCGAAAAAGAACAGAAGCGUACAUGGCGGUUUCUGAGAAGCGUGAAUGGAAUAAGCGUUUGCUGGUCCCACUGAAGUGGAGUUGUUUUUUGGGAAGUUGAAACUUGAUGUUGAGACUAAAAACAGAAGCAUACAUGGCGGUUUCUGAGAUGUUUCGUUGCAAACACAGGGGAGGACCCUUGCGCAACACCCAAAAGACUCCUGCGAAACGGCAUAAGAAGAUGCUUAGGUUUCUAAUUGUUUGCGUCUAUGCAAUAAUUUUUUGUAGACGAAAUAGUUUCUCGAGAUGUUCAAGUGUCUCGUUUUAUUUCAAUUUACUAGUAGCUUUUGGUUCACAGAUCGUGAAUAUUUUGUUUGCCAACCACACCAAACUGCAGAACAGUAGUCCUUGGCUUGUGCCCAGGGGGAAGGAGUCAGUAGGCGUUCUUGAUAUCGAAGCUACUAGCAAAGAUUGGAUUUGAUCAGAGAGCAAACUUUCUUGUGGAAAAAAAAAAACAUGGAGGAGAAACCGUUUCCUGCGUGGUCUUGGUCCGUAGAAGAGUGCCUGAAGGAGUACAACGUGAGAUUGGAGAAGGGCUUGAGUUCCUCUGAGGUAGAGAGGAGGCACGCCAAGUAUGGGUGGAAUGAGCUGCAGAGUGAAAGCGGGAAGCCUCUGUGGAAGUUGGUGCUGGAGCAGUUUGAUGACACGCUUGUGAAGAUUCUACUCAUGGCUGCCGUUGUUUCGUUCGUUCUUGCUUACUUUGACAGUCAUGAAAACGGCGAAGGGGCGCUUACUGAGUACGUUGAGCCGUUCGUCAUCCUGCUGAUCCUCAUUCUCAAUGCAAUUGUUGGAGUGUGGCAAGAGACCAAUGCUGAGAAGGCUCUUGAAGCACUGAAGGAGAUGCAGUGUGAGACAGCAAAAGUUUUGAGGAAUGGGAUUUACGCUGCAGACUUGCCUGCUAGAGAGUUAGUCCCUGGUGAUGUAGUUGAAUUGAGGAUUGGAGAUAAGGUUCCUGCUGAUAUGAGGGUGGCGAAGCUCAAAACUUCCACUUUUAGAGUGGAACAGAGCUCCCUCACAGGAGAAAGCAUGCCGGUGAUCAAGACCGUGAAUCCUGUCUUCAUGGAGGACUGUGAAUUGCAGGCAAAAGAGUGCAUGGUUUUUGCAGGAACCACUGUUGUUAAUGGAAGCUGCCUCUGCAUCGUUGUUAGCACAGGGAUGAGAACAGAGAUUGGAAAAAUACAGACACAAAUUCAUGAAGCUUCACUGGAGGAGCAGGACACUCCAUUGAAGAAAAAACUGGACGAAUUCGGCGAGAAACUGACUUUGGUGAUAGGGUUCGUAUGUGCUCUGGUGUGGUUGAUUAAUGUUAAGCAUUUUCUGACUUGGGAUUCAAGCGAUGGCUGGCCUAAAGAUUUUAGAUUUUCCUUCGGUAAGUGUACCUAUUAUUUUAAGAUAGCUGUGGCUCUUGCUGUUGCUGCCAUACCAGAAGGCCUUCCUGCUGUCAUUACCACAUGCUUAGCAUUGGGCACUAGAAAGAUGGCACAGAAGAAUGCAAUUGUCCGGAAGCUCCCCAGUGUAGAAACCUUGGGGUGUACCACAGUGAUCUGUUCAGACAAAACCGGGACACUUACAACAAAUCAGAUGUCAGUAACAGAGUUCUUCACACUGGGAGAGGGCAACUGUACUCCUAGAAGUUUUCGGGUUGAUGGAACAACUUAUGAUCCCAACGAUGGUGAGAUUUCAGACUGGGAGUUUGGUAAUUUGGAUGCAAGUCUGCAAGUUCUUGCUGAAAUUUCCGCUGUCUGCAACGACGCCGGAAUAUCUUGCGGCAACAACCAUUUUCGAGCUACUGGCAUGCCAACUGAAGCAGCUCUUAAGGUGCUGGUUGAGAAGAUGGGAGUACCUGAUGCCAAUGAGACAAAAAGGAUUCAAGCUGAACGCCUUUCUGCAGACCGGUCCAGUGAGAACUCCUCUGUAAAAUUGGGUUGCUGUGAGUGGUGGGCUAAACGAUCAAAGAGAAUUGCCACACUUGAAUUCGACAGGGUUCGCAAGUCGAUGAGUAUAAUUGUUAGAGAGCUAAAUGGCCACAAUCGCAUGCUGGUUAAGGGUGCCAUGGAGAGUGUACUUGAACGAAGUUCGCACGUUCAGCUCGGAGAUGGCUCAGUUGUUCCUCUGGAUGAGCCGUGCAGACAGCUUUUACUGUUUAGCCUACAGAAGAUGAGCUCAAAGGGUCUCAGAUGCCUGGGCUUUGCUUAUAAAGAUGAACUUGGGGAGUUCAACGACUACCAUGGCGAAGAACAUGCUGCCCACAAGAAGCUGUUGGACCCCUCUAACUACUCCGACAUCGAAAGCAACCUAAUAUUCGUGGGUGUAAUAGGCUUAAGAGACCCUCCACGUGAGGAAGUUCACAGGGCCAUUGAGGACUGCAAGGAUGCAGGGAUUAGGGUGAUGGUGAUCACCGGCGACAACAAGUCGACGGCAGAGGCUAUCUGCAGGGAGAUUGGUAUCUUUUGUGAUGGGGAGGAUCUCAAGGGCAAGAGCUUCACCGGCAAAGAGUUCAUGGCACUUAGUAGCAGCCAACAAUCCCACGUACUGUCAAGAGGGGGAGGCUUGGUCUUCUCGAGAGCUGAGCCUAAGCACAAGCAAGACAUUGUUCGGAUGCUUAAAGACUUGGACGAGAUCGUGGCGAUGACCGGAGACGGCGUCAAUGAUGCACCCGCUUUGAAGCUCGCCGAUAUCGGAGUUUCCAUGGGAAUCGCCGGUACCGAGGUUGCUAAAGAAGCAUCGGACAUGGUUCUUGCCGACGAUAACUUCAGUACGAUCGUCUCCGCCGUUGCCGAAGGUCGCUCGAUCUAUAACAACAUGAAGGCUUUCAUUAGGUACAUGAUCUCCUCCAAUGUGGGAGAGGUGGCCUCCAUAUUUCUCACUGCAGCUCUAGGCUUGCCUGAAUGCUUGAUUCCAGUGCAGCUCCUGUGGGUGAACUUGGUCACCGAUGGCCCUCCGGCGACGGCGCUCGGCUUCAACCCGCCUGACAUCAACAUCAUGCGCAAGCCACCAAGGAAGAAGGACGAUUCGCUCAUCAACCUGUGGGUUCUGGUCCGCUACUUGGUGAUUGGUUUGUAUGUAGGCAUUGCCACAGUGGGUAUUUUUGCUUGGUGGUAUACACAUGACUCCUUCCUGGGCAUCAACCUCGGCGGCGACGGCCACACCGUGGUCUCCUUCGCGCAGCUCAGGGCAUGGGAAGACUGCCCAAGAUGGGAAAACUUCAGCGCCAGCCCCUUCACUGCCGGCGGCAAGGUCAUCUCCUUCGGCGACUCCUGCGACUACUUCAAGGCCGGGAAGGUGAAGGCGGCGACGCUCUCUCUCUCGGUGCUUGUUGCGAUCGAGAUGUUCAACUCUUUGAAUGCGCUUUCUGAGGAUAGCAGCCUGACCACCAUGCCCCCAUGGAUCAAUCCAUGGCUGCUCGUGGCCAUGUCCCUUUCGUUCGCCUUGCACUGCGUCAUUCUCUAUGUUCCCUUCUUAGCUGACAUAUUUGGGAUAGUCCCACUGAGCUUUAGCGAGUGGUGUGUCGUCAUUUUAGUCUCUUUUCCAGUUGUACUUAUUGAUGAAGUACUGAAGUUCAUAGGCAGGAACCACGUAGCAAAACCCAAGUACAAGACCCUUUGAUGCUAGGGAACUUAGAACUAAUGUUGAAACAUAAAUUGGCAUGAAGUAAAACAAAACAUUUACAUGUUUCGAGUAUUUCGAAGAAUUUCGAUCGUAAAAUAAUACAUAGAACCGUCCCCCAUGGACUGAUCUUAGAACCCAAUUUUUCUUCCAAACUGCACAUGUCACGGCAGUGGGGCUUGUAAUGAACCUUCUAUAUAUUAAUGAAAGAAAUUUACAAGAA